UGUUUACUUCCUAUUUCUUGUUCUCUCUCUCUAGUCUAGCAGUUUUCUUUCUUGAUUAUUCGACAUUAUGCAUUUCUUAUAGAUAGAUUUUCGAGGUUGGUCAGUUGUGCCUCUUUCGCUUCAGGGUAUUCAGCUUCCUCUGAAGGAUUCAUGUGUGCCUUGGCGUAAUUUCCACAGGGACUUUUGAGAGGUGAGAUGAUGGAGACCCCAAAUAGAUCUACAUCAACAGGGUCUUCGGACUCAUCGGAACAGAUGGACAAAUAUGUAACUGAUUCAAAUUCAAAUGCUAACCUGCCUCCAUGUCCUUUAAGCCAGCAACCUUCUUGUUCCUUGGAUGGCCCUGUUGCUAUACUUUGGGAUAUUGAAAAUUGUCCAGUUCCGAGUGGUGUGCGCCCUGAAGAUGUUGCCGGGAAUGUAACAAUGACUUUGCGAGUGCAUCCAAUAAUUAAAGGAGCUGUUGUGAUGUUUUCUGCUUAUGGGGAUUUUAAUAAUUUCCCCAGGCGACUCAGAGAGGGUUGCCAAAGAACUGGUGUUAAACUCACUGAUGUUCCCAGUGGGAGAAAAAAUGCUGCUGACAAAGCUAUCUUGAUCGACAUGUUCUUGUUUGCCCUUGACAACCGACCACCAUCUUCUAUAAUGCUGAUAUCUGGAGAUGUUGAUUUUGCUCCUGCACUUCAUGUUCUUGGCCACCGGGGAUAUACUAUCAUUCUUGUCAUCCCUGCUGGGGUGGGUGUGCCAACUGCCCUUAGCCGUGCAGGUAAAUUUGUCUGGGACUGGCCUAGCAUUGCUCGUGGAGAAGGUUUUGUGCCUCCCUCAAAGGCUCUAGUGCCACCUCAUGUCGUUCCAACUGAGGUUGUUCCAGAUCUGAUUGGGUGCCGUAUCAGUGGCAACUUUGAUGGGAAAAAUGAAGAAGAAGCUAUUGUUUAUGGAGGGAUCUCCCAGAACUACCAUAACUCCAAAUGUUGUUCAUUUGUCUCAGACAAAAGUGAUACAUUGAAUGCAUCAUGCUUUCCAACGGCUUUGAGGUCACAUAGCCUUCCAUCCACUCUGAACAAUGUUUCAGGAGGUUCUAUGUCUUCUUCUAGCAACCGAAAUGAAUGCCCAUUGUGGGUAGAACCUGGGGAUUUGAAUGGUGUGAAGUGUCAGCUGGUAAAGUUGCUUGAACUCUCUGGAGGUUGUUUGCUUCUGGCUCAAGUUGCACCAGAGUAUCAGAAAUAUUUUGGGAGGUCUCUCUCUGUGUCUAAAUAUGGGGUACGCAAGUUAGUGAAUCUUUUCAAGAAAAUGGGUGAUCCAUUUUCUGUGGAAGGGAAAGGGCCUCGGAUGUUUGUACGUCUUCAAAACUGGACUGUGUGCCCUCUGUCUCAGGUGAGCAAUGACAAGAAAGGAAAAGGGAUUCAAGAAGAGAAUGCAGAUGUUAUCCAUGCUGGUUGCUCAGUAGAUGAAGAAAGAAUAGUCACAGAAGAACAUGUUGAGAGAAGCAGCAUAGAAAAGGUUCACCAGGGGAAAGCAGCCAGAAGCGAAAUUCAUGACCGAAUUCUGGAACAAUUCAAGCAUGAGCUGCAAGAGAUUCUCGUGAUUUAUUCUUGUCCAAUAUUCAUAGAUUGUUUUGAUGACAUUUACCAGCUACGAUACAAGAAGCCACUGGAAUACCAGAGACUGGGCGUGGACAAAUUGGAUGAAUUGUUUGAGAAAGUAAGUGAUGCUGUAGUAUUGCAUGAAGAACCAGUAAGCAAGAGGAAGUUCCUGGCUGCCGUGGAUGGUUAAAUUGUUAUGCUUAGCUUCAUUUUCCUAGCAACGGUCUGGGAUUUCUUUCUCUUUAUUUACAAGUGUUGUGAAGACGAUGUGCAGGACUCGUGCUUUUUUGCUGUCGCCUGGCCCUGCAUAUAUCUGAAUCUGAUUAGAAUUUUUCCUUGUAUUUGCUUAUUCUUAGUCUUUGUCUCGGAUUAACCAUUUUAUACGUGUCAGGGUAUAUGGCUAUAAAGCAGCCUUAUGUCAUUUGUAUUCUAUAUAUACGUAUCAUCUUAAUAUCAAACUUGGUUCUGUUCACGCCACAUAUGAAUACAAUUAUUGAUGUUUCAGCA